GUUAAUUUUAAUGUUGGUAUUUAUUUGAACUAUUGACACAAAAAUAUUGUGCUAACCUAUUUCAAGUGAAAUUUUCCGUCUAAUCAAUUGCACAGUUUAAUUUAUUUAUCUUAGAUGUAUAUAAGGAGUUUAUCAAGGAUGGCUCAGAACAAACCACUUGUCCAGAGGGUGCUUGCUUCAUCUGCAUCUGUGGCAGUGAAAGCUGGUGAAAUAAUUAGAAAUGUUAUGAAAAAGGGCGACCUUGGCACUGUAGAUAAAGGUGUGGAUGAUCUUCAGACUGCAGCAGAUCGCUCAGCUCAGUGUUGUAUUAUAUCUAAUUUAUAUAAACAGUUUCCUAAAAUUACUAUUAUUGGUGAAGAGGGACCUAAUCAUUGUAAGAUAGAUGACCAUUAUGUGGGCAUUGAAGGAGAUGCUGAAAUUUUAGCCAAAGAAUGUCCGACUCAAUAUUUAGAUGUCAAGGAUGAAGAUAUUGUUGUCUGGGUGGAUCCCCUUGAUGGUACAAAUGAAUAUACAAAGGGUUUGUUAGACCAUGUGACAGUUCUUAUUGGUAUUGCUGUAAAUGGGAGAGCAGUAGGUGGUGUUGUGCAUCAACCCUACUACAAUUUUCAGAAUAAUGAAGACACUUGUGGCAGAACUCUUUGGGGACUGGUGGGCAUGGGAGUGGGAGGAUUUACUCCAUCAGAACCUCCAAAAGACAAAUUUAUUGUAACAACUACCAGGUCACAUAAUUCAGAUGUUGUAAUGCGAUGUUUGGAAGCUGUAAAACCUGAUGAAGUUCUAAGGGUUGGUGGAGCAGGCCAUAAAGUAUUAUUGGUUUUGGAGGGUAAGGCCCAUGCAUACAUUUAUCCCAGCGCGGGAUGUAAAAAGUGGGAUACAUGUGCACCAGAGGCUAUUUUGGAAGCUGCUGGAGGAAAACUUACUGACAUUUUUGGAGAGCAUUAUAGUUAUAACAAAGAUGUGGAGUUUCCAGAUGAACAUGGUAUUGUUGCAUCUAAUGGGGCAAUUGAUCAUACAAACCUAUUACAGAAAAUUCCUCAAGAUGUUUUGAAUAAGUUUUCUAAAAUAAAGAAUUAAUGAUAUUUUCAGUAUAUGUAAUAGUGAUUUUAAGUACAUUUAAUUUUCUUUAUUGAUGUCUAUUUUAUAUUAGGUAUAUUGAAAAUAUUGUGAUACAGUCUAUUUGUUAUCAGGAAUAUCCAGUCCCAAACUAUUGCAAUAAAAAAUAUUUUUUAAUUA